AUGGGAACUAAACUGUCCGUCUCUUUGGAAGGAGCCAACAGUCCAGAAGUUGCGCCACGUGUCGACAGACCGCCCACCUUCGAUCCUCAAUAUGGAUUCGAGCGACCGAGAAAGGUUCGCGAAAUGAAGGCCACUUGGGAAGAGAUGGAGCAGUGGAAGUUGAAACCGGCUCAACGUGACUAUUGUGCUCAUCAUUUGAUUUCACUCAUGAAGUGUCAGACCCAAAACGCUCCAUUCGCUGGUCAUGCGUGUGACGGAGAGCGUGGAGCAUGGGACAAAUGUGAAUACGAGGAUCACAUUUCGAGAAUCAAAGAAUUCGAACGAGAGAGACGUCUGUUGCAGAGACAAGCGAGAAAAGAGGCUGUUAGUGCUUAA